UUGCAAUCAUCACCUUGAAAUGAGAGCUGUAACACUAACGCUGCUUUUUGCACUUAUAUUAGCAGUCUUAGCACAUGCUCAACGUGGUCCACCAGGUCGUGGACCACCUGGUCGUGGGCCACCAGGACGCAAUCCAUUUGGACCAGGACGUCCUGGAAGACCGGGACGACCACGACCAGGCGGACCAGGUCCAGGUCCAGGACCAGGACCAGGCAGACCAAGACCGAGCCGUGGAACAAGACCGCCAUGUAGUUCUUCUACAGUAUCUUCUACAGUAUCUUCAACAGUAUCUUCAACAGUGACAGCCACUACAACGACAGAUGCAACCACUGAUGCUACCACCGAAGCAUCAACCGAUUCAGGCAGUACUGAAGUAACUACUGUAACUACAGACACUGAAGCAACUACAGUGGAGGACGACAUUGAUACCACAGUAGGCUAAAAGUACAGUCCCAAAACUUGUAACCUGGUUUUUGUUGUAAGAACAAGAAAUAGAAAUUAUAUAAUCGCCAAGUAAAACACAAUAAAUGGAAAUUCUUAAUAAUCCGUAUUUACAAUU